AUGCAGGUAACAGUGCACCACCAUGGAACCCCGCACAGUUUCCAGCUCUCCACCUCAGCAACACUACAAGACCUCUCCGCAGCUAUCGAGAGCGCUUUGAAUAUCCCAGUCGAACACCAGAAGCUGCUCAUAGCCCCGAAACCAGGCAUGCAAAAGGCGCCAUUCCCACCAACAACUCUCUCCGACAUCCUUCCCCUCUCCUCACCCAAGUUCAAGAUCACCCUCCUCGGCACACCCGCUAAAGCAAUCGCCGACCUCCACGAACAGGCUACCAGCGAGCGCAAACGCCAAGAAACACGCGCAUCAGCCCUAGCUGAAGCCCGCAAAAAGCAGCCCACACCAUCUCGCAGCAGCGGCAUCCACACCCUCUCAAGCAACAGCAACUACACUUUCCACCGCCUCCUCCCUCUAAACUACCUCCCAAACCCAGACCGCUCCCUUCAGUUCCUUACUCGCCUACGCGACGACCCAGGCAUUCGCGCCGCAAUGACAAAGCACAAGUUCUCGGUCCCGCUACUCACGGAAAUGAACCCAGCAGAGCACACGACCAGCGAGUCGCGCACGCUAGGACUUAACCGGAACCAAGGCGAGGUUAUCGAGUUACGGCUGCGUACUGAUGCAUACGACGGGUAUCGUGAUUAUAGGACGAUUCGCAAGACGCUAUGCCAUGAGCUGGCGCAUUGCGUGUUUGGGCCCCAUGAUCGAAAUUUCUGGGAUUUGACGGCGCAGAUUGAGCGUGAGGUUGAGGCUGGGGAUUGGAAGUCUGGUGGCAAUCGGUUGACGGGACAGGAGUUUUACAACCCGGCGGAUUGGGAGAGGGUCCAGAGUGGGGAGGAGGAAUUCAUUGAUGAGUGUGGGUGGACUGGGGGUGAGUUUGUACUUGGUGGGUUAAGGGAUGGGAAUAGGGAGAGUGGUGGGACAGAGUCUAGGAGGGAGAUUCUUGCGAGAGCUGCUGAGGAGAGGUUGAAAAAGGAGGGUAGGAAGGAGACGCAGGAUGAUGGGAGGUGA